CUCUCACCUCUUUUUCUCAUCUAUACAAUUUGAGUAGAAGUUGUAUAAUCACUACCGAUUAGUAUGCAUAGUCACUGUACACAUACAUACGUGCAUAUAUAUAUAUAUAUAGAGUUAAUUAGCAGAUCAAAAACUUACAAGUAAGUAGGCAUUUAUUUUUCAUAUGCAUGCAAUAUCUUUUUAGGGAUGGAAGGAAGUGCAAAAGUUUAGGUAAUUAUAAUACAAAUCCUGGAUAUUGUUGUCAGUAACUAAAAUUAUUAUAGCCAUGGCCUUCAACGAUGCAAAGAUGGUCAUGUUGCCGGAUUUCGAUGCUCUUGCAACUCAAAAAGAACAUGAAAGUGAGUCGAAGAAGAAGACAACCUUUAGCUGCAGCGAUAAAACUAUAACUUCUUCAGAUAUAAUUCCUGCAGAAAUCGAACGUAUUGAUCCCCCAAGUUUCAAAUUGCCAGCCAUUUGCUUGGGGAUUUACAUGGUCGUUGGCACUAUAAUUUACUACACUGUCAGAAACCAAAUGAGAGGGAAGAAAACAAAUGAUCUUAUUGAUGCAAUAUAUCUAACUGUUGUGACACUUUCCACAGUUGGGUAUGGGGACAUUGUUCCUCAUACUGAUGCAACUAAAUUGCUCUCAGCAAUUUUAGCAUUUUCUGGAAUGGCCAUCAUUGGGUUAAUUCUAUGCACAGGAGGACAUUACUUAGUUGUCAAGCAACAAGUAAUGUUAUUCAGAACCCUAAAUUUGUGUCAAAAGGUCAAUCCAACUGAUGCUAUGAAGGAAAUUGAAGCAGAAAACAAACUUAAAUUCCAUAAGUGUGUUAUAGGCUCAGGAAUCAUGAUGGUGCUAAUGAUUGUCGGCACUUUUGUGCUGGGAAGCCUGGAAAAAAUGGAUUCUGAUGAUGCUAUUUAUUGUGUCAUCACUACUGUCACAACUCUUGGAUUUGGAGAUGAAAGUUUUUCAACCGGCUCUGGGCGUUUCUUUGCUAUUUUAUGGAUACCAACAACCAGUACCGGUUUGGCUCAACUUUUUCUUUGUCUUGCUGAGCUACUUGUUGGCAAAAAACAAGAAAAGAUGAUCGAGAAGAUCAUUGCUAAAAAGUGCACACCUGUCGAUUUAGAAGCAAUGACUCAUGUUCAUGAUGAUUAUGACAAGGUUGUCGGGAUGACUGAUUUCAUUGUAUAUAAACUUAAAGAAACGGGGAAGAUUAACGAAGACGACAUUUCAGCUGCAAUGAAAGGGUACGAGGAUCAUGUUUAUAAACAAGAGAAAAAAAUUCAAGACUAAAAUAAUGAUUUCUUGAAUCGAGAAGCGAUCGGAUCAAAUAGAGUCACGAAAAUCUCAAAAGUAAAUAAUUAAUUGUAUUGAUCUCAUUGAACUAUUUGGAAUAAUAAUAAGUUAAAAUAUGUACUUCUAUGUUAUUUUAAGUUCUCAAGUUUAAGUGCUUUAUGUAAUAACCUAUGCAUUAGCUUUUUCUUAGUCAAUGCACCUUAUGGAAGAAAUCUCUUUCAUAUAAAGAGUUGUAAACAUACAUUGUAAAAGUUUUAUUUUAAGAAUGUCUUUAGUUCAAGAGUUUU